AGGAAAUUCUUCCCCCCGCUUUUACACCUCUGCAAUCCUCGGUCGUCGAUUUCCCUCAUCUCCGAUUAUUCAAGCUACUAACCGCUAAUCACAGAUUGAGGACUUUAUUUGAUUGUGGGAUUACAAUGGAUAGUGCGGAAGGUGGAUCAGAUGGUAACAGUCAAACGGAACAAACUCAAGAGCCACUGAUAGGUGGGCUUCCUGAUGAUAUCGCACUUUCCUGCUUGGCUAGAGUCCCUAGAGAGUAUCAUACUGUCCUCAAGUGUGUUUCAAGGAGAUGGAGGGACUUAGUGCACAGCGAAGAGUGGCAUGUUUAUCGUAGAAAGCAUAAUUUAGAUGAAACUUGGAUCUAUGCUUUGUGUCAAGACAAGUUUGAGAGGGUUUGUUGUUAUGUAUUGGAUCCCGAUUCUUCACGAAGGUCUUGGAAGCAGCUGCGGGGGCUUCCAUCUCUCAGCUUACGGAGAAAGGGAAUAGGUUUUGAAGUGUUGGGGAAGAAACUCUACUUGAUGGGUGGCUGCAGAUGGUCUGAAGAUGCUACUGAUGAGGCCUACUGUUAUGAUGCUUCUAUCUACGCUUGGACUGAAGCUAAUCCCUUAUCAACUGCAAGGUGCUACUUUGCUUGUGAAGUCCUCAAUCAGAAAAUCUAUGCAAUUGGUGGAUUAGGUUUAAACUCAAAUGUUCCACAUUCUUGGGACACUUAUGAUCCUUGCACAAACAAUUGGAAAUCUUUUUCAGAUCCAAACAUUGUUCCUGAAAUUGAAGAUUCCUUUGUGUUGGAUGGGAAGAUCUAUAUUCGCUGUGGCAGAUCUGCGGUAACUUCCCAUGUUUAUGCAGUAGUUUAUGAACCAUCGAGUUGCACUUGGCAGCAUGCAGAUGCUGACAUGGCAUCAGGCUGGCAAGGUCCUGCAGUUGUUUUAAAUGGGACUCUUUAUGUGCUGGAUGAGAGUUCUGGAACAAGGUUAAUAAUGUGGCAGAAGGAAAUUAGGGAGUGGGUGCCCCUAGGUAGGCUUUCGCCCCUACUUACAAGACCACCCUGCAAGCUUGUUGCUGUUGGAAAGAGCAUUUAUGUGAUAGGGAAGGGGCGUAGCACGGUAGUUGUGGAUGUUAGCAAUGCAGGAAAUAUGGGAGGGAUGAUGGUGAGUUCUUCCAUACCUAAACUGACUUCAAAUGAUGAGAUAUUAAGUUGUAAAUGUUUGUCCAUUUAAAUCCUUUGGUUCUUGGAAAACCUGGGGUUGGAUUUGUUGUCCAUUGUUGUGCAAUAUUCUUUGGUUCUGACCGCAGAAACGAAAAUCAUUACUUUUGUAAGUUACACAUGUUAUCAUUCUAUAUAACACUACAGCUGAAUCAAACAUGUAUCAUUUUGUGGAUUGACAUCA